GGAUUUACCGGGCACGGACAGGCUGGACACAGGGAUUUACCGGGCAUGGACAGGCUGGACACAGGGGAACCCACUGGGCAUGGACAGGGUGGGCACAUGGAACCCACUGGGCAUGGACAGGGUGGGCACAUGGAACCCCUGAGGUGGUGGGCACACAGGACCCACCAGACAUGGACAGGGUGAGCACACAGGACAUGAACAUGGACAGGGUGGGCACACAGGACAUGGACAUGGACAGGGUGGGCACAUGGAACCCACUGGGCAUGGACAGGGUGGGCACACAGGACCCACCAGACAUGGACAGGGUGGACACACGGACCCACUGGGCAUGGACAGGGUGGGCACAUGGAACUCCUGAGGUGGUGGGCACACAGGACCCACCAGACGUGGACAGGGUGGGCACACAGGACAUGGACAUGGACAGGGUGGGCACAUGGAACCCACUGGGCACGGACAGGGUGGACACCCCACUGGGCAUGGACAGGGUGGACACACGGACCCACUUGACAUGGACAGGGUGGGCACAUGGAACCCCUGAGGUGGUGGGCACACAGGACCUACCAGACAUGGACAGGGUGAGCACACAGGACAUGGACAUGGACAGGGUGGGCACAUGGAACCCACUGGGCAUGGACAGGGUGGGCUAAUGGCCCUCACUCCCAGGGCUGAUGGGUGACAGCAGUUGCUGGGACCCCCUCAACCCCCUCCACAGUGUGUCGUUCGUGGUGUCUGCAGGAGGAAAACUCAUCCCUCACUUUGGGAAGCUCAGAGGAAAACCCCCAGAGCUGAGCAGGGUGGGGGGUUCUGGCUGGAGCAGAGGGCAGCAGGGCACAGCAGCACUGCCCGGGCAGAGCCAUUCCCUGGUGAGGCCUUUUGGCAAGGAGAUGUUUGCCCGGAGCUGCUGCCUGCACGUGGCCUGGCUCGCCAAGGCUGUGGCCACCGUGGGGGGAGCAGAGCUCUGCUGGGUCCCAUUCCAGCUGCACCGAGACCCAGGCCUUGCCCUCGAGGGAUCCCCUUCUCAGCACCACCUCAGAACCCUCUGGUGGGACUGUGGUGGCACUUUGGCUUCACAUGAGGCUGGCCAGGAGCCAAGUGUGGGGACCACGAGCUCCCCAGGGACUGGGAUCCUCACAGGAAUCAGCACCCUCCUGAGAGAUUUGGGCUCUCCCAGGGCUCAGGAAUUUCUGCAGGGCAGGGGCAGAGUGGGACCACAGUAGCUUUUGAUGCCCGUCCAUGCCAGGAGCACAAGUCACCUGUGCCCAAGCACGGGUGGCGCCCGUUACCUCUGGGGUGGGGCAUUGACACCCAGCACUGGCAUCACCCAGGUCCUGGGAUGGGGCUUUGUGCCUGCUGGGGGGGCCCUGGCACCUGGAGGGAGGUACUGGGAGGUACUGGGGUGUCGUGGGGCCCUGGGCUGUACCUGCGUAAGCGUUUCGGGGGGGUCACCGGUGUUUAUUUGAGUGCAGGGCGAGGCGAUGACCAGCCGGUAAUGAUUAACCCCGGGCUGAGCCAGAGGACGAGGCCCCCCCCACUGCACCAGGGGACUCUGUGUCCCCUCUGUGUCCCCUCCGUGUCCCCUCCGUGUCCCCCACCAGGCUCUGGAGCCCAUCCCAGGGCGAUGCUGCUCCCACCCCUUCCCCAGGAUGCCCGGUUAGUACCGCGUCCUGUGCCCCCACCCGUGGGCACUGGAACGCUGCCAGCGGUGCCCCCCCGAGCCAGGACAGACCCAACUUGGGGGGCUGAUGCCACGGGGACCCCAUCAGCACGGUGCCACCCCCAUGCCAAGUGGGGCAGAACGACCCCCCUUGCCCGGAGCCUGCGGCGGGGCGGAGCCUCCCCUCCUACCUGCUCCAGGUGCUCUAUAAAGCUCCGGUCUCUGCGGAGCUGCCAGUUCCGGAUCCCUGCUGGACUCCCAUUUAACGGGAGAGCAGCCGCUGCUGAACCCCGAGAAGCGCCUGGACCCCCCGGACAAACCCCAUGGCGUUCCCCGUCUUGCUGCUGCUGCUGGCGGUGGGCACAGGUACCCGUGCCAUGACCACCGAGACAACCAUGGAGAUGGAAACCACCGAAACGACCACCGUGGAGAUGACCACGGAAACCACCGGCACCACCUGGCUGCCAAAUAUCUACCCCAAAAGCACACGGGGCAGCCGGCCCCAAACCUCUGCCUUCCCCUAUGCCACCGCAUUCCCUGGCACAAACACCACGAACUUCCAGUUUGGCAACCACUCCACGUCCAACGGCACUGUGGUGCCCGUGCACAGCAGCCCAGCCAUCCCCCAUGCCAAUGCCACCUCAAACAGCAGCAGCUGGGUCCCCCAUUUUGGCACCAACAGCAGCUCUGCCGCUCCCACCACCACUCAUGGCAGUGCCAAAGGCAACGGGAGCACCAGCGCUCAGGUCUUUCCCACCCAGAUAACGUCUGAGGGCAGCACAGCUCCUGGGCAGACCCCCACCCAGGGUGGUCCCAACCCCAGCAAAACCUCAGCUGGUGUCCAGCUGCUCGUCCGUGUCCCCCUGUCCUUCCGAAUCAUCAACAGGAGCUUCAACGAGAGCCUGCGGGACCCAGUGUCGCAGGAGUACAGGAGCCUGAGCCGCACUGUCCUGGCCAUGUUCCAGCACGUCUUUGGCUGCAUGGGCUGCAUGGGCACGCAGACCUACACCGGCUGCAGCGAGCUGCGCUACAGCCCAGGCUCGGUGGAGGUGCAGUCCACCCUCGUGUUUGGGAACGGAAGCGAUGCCGUCACUCCCGACGCUGCCGAGCAGCGCCUGAGGAAGAGCCUGGAUCAGAACGGCUUCAUCAUGGGCCUGCAGCUGGACAGCAUCCAGAGCUCCGCACCAGUGACAUCCCCACCUCCAGCACCCGUGAUCCCGGACUGGGCCAUCGCUCUGUUGGUCCUGGUCAGCGUCCUGCUGCUGUUCACCAUCUUCACCUGCCUCCUCCUGAUGUCCACCUGCACCUGCCGCCGGAAAAGCCGCGGGAAGCUGGACCUGCUGAGCCAGAAGGACUCCUACCACCCCAUGGCUGAGUACCUGCAGUACCAGAGCCACGGGCGCUACGUGUCCCCCAGCAGCAAACCCAACCCCUACAGCCAGGUGGCCGGUGGCAGCACCACGAGGGCCGGCACCUUCACCUACACCAACCCCACCGCCGGCUCUGACAACCUCUGAAGGGUGAGCUGGGAAGGAGGGCGGCUGCAAGGGAGCAGCAGCAGCCCCCGGGCACAUCCCCUGGUGCUGCUCAGCCCCUCGUGGGCAGCGGGAGCCGGAUGGUUUCUGGAGCAGAAUCAUCGUGCACAUGACAGAAGUGGAUGAAAUGAAGAUCAGCAGUGGGAGAGAAGGUCCCGCACACCCCACGGUCCCCACACUCGCUUGGCUUUGCAACCCUGCUCCGUGCUGGGGGGUGGAGGGCUGGGCUCGUGCUCCCCCCUGCUCUUUUUGUGGUGUUAUUUUAUAUAAAUGUCUUUAUUUGCGGGGUGUCGGUGCCGGGUUUGGCUCGGCGGGGUGGCAGGUCCUCGGCUGGGGUGUAUUUAUCAUGGUUAAAAUAAAAUAAAGGAUGGGGGUA